AUGACAAAACAGAAACCCUGUCCUCACUGCCAAGCACUCAACAAUACCAACUGCAAAACAUGUAAAGCAUGUUUUGCUAGUUUAACCCUAAGAAAGAGAGUUAAAAACAUUCAAAAGCAUAUCGAGGAGAGUGCAUGGAUGUCGAACACUAAAAAACACAGAAAUGCUGCUCGUGUGGUUGAUUCGGCCCGCAUUGCUGUUAAGAAAUUGGAGGUACUAGGCUAUAAGCCAGUUCUCUUCAUUUCGAAAGAGAAAAAAAAUGGGUUUGUGGCUGAAGUCAUCACUCCAAUGAGUCCAUUUGCAGUUGGACCACUUCAAACCAUCUUUCAAAGGAUGACUAGCCUUUAUGAAUUUUUUAUUAAAAAUUACCAGAGGAUUCAAAGCCACACCAGUACUGCUGAAACUGUUUGCCAGCACCAGACUUCCUCCCUUCCUCCAACAUCCUCCUCGUUUGACACUCUUCCUCCUCCAUCUUCUUCCUCCUCGUUUGACACUCUUCCUCCUCCAUCUUCUUCCUCCUCGUUUGACACUCUUCCUCCUCCAUCUUCUUCCUCCUCCAGCCUUCCUCCAACAUCCUCCUCGUUUGACACUCUUCCUCCUCCAUCUUCUUCCUCCUCGUUUGACACUCUUCCUCCUCCAUCUUCUUCCUCCUCCAGCCUUCCUCCAACAUCCUCCUCGUUUGACACUCUUCCUCCUCCAUCUUCUUCCUCCUCCACCCUUCCUCCUCCUUCCUCCACCUCCUACACUCUUCCUCCUCCUCCAUCUUCCUCCUCCAGCCUUCCUCCAACGUCUUCCUCAUUUGACACUCUUCCUCCUCCUUCAUCUUCCUCCUCCUCCAGCCUUCCUCCUCCUUCCUCCUCUUUCUACACUCUUCCUCCUCCCUCAUCGUCUUCCUCCUCCAGCCUUCCUCCUCCUUCCUCCAUCUCCUACACUGUUCCUCCUCCUUCAUCUUAUUCCUCCUCCAGCCUUCCUCCAACUUCCUCCACCUUCUACACUCUUCCUCCUCCUCCAUCGUCUUCCUCCACCUUCUACACUCUUCCUCCUCCUCCAUCGUCUUCCUCCACCUUCUACACUCUUCCUCCUCCUCCAUCGUCUUCCUCCUCCAGCCUUCCUCCUCCUUCCUCCACCUUCUACACUCUUCCUCCUCCUCCAUCUUCAUCCUCCUCCAGCCUCACUCCUCCCACCUCCUCUUACAUCACCCUUCUUUCUCCUACCUCUUCUUCCUGCACUCUUCCUCCUCCACCAACUUCUUUCCCCACUCCUCCUCCUACACCAUUUUCCUCCACCCUUACUCCUACGUCCCAUUGCAUCAACCCUCCUCCUCCUUUCAAUUUUUCAAACCUUCCACCUACAAACCCUUCUUUCCCCUGCCAGAACACCCAUGCUGCCCCAUCUAAGCCAAAAAAUACAGACAGUUCCUCCACAAUAAUUCCAAGGUCAGGAGGCAAACAAAGAAAAUGGAUGUAUAAGCAAGCAGAAUGCCAAGUACAUCGCAGAUUAAAACAGUUUCCAUAUGACAAGAUCAUAAGGAGGAGGACAUCAAAGGAAGGUGUUGAAGAGGUCAAAGUAAGAUGGAAGCCGUGCUCAGGAUGUGGGAUGAAAUGGACAGACACCUGGGAGCCCUACAAUCGUUCAUUUCCAGAAUAAGGAUCCAUGUCCCUGUGCCUUUAUUAGUGUUUAGUCUGAUUUUAUGAAUGAAUGCUUAUUCAAACUUUAUGUACCUGUUCUUGGUUAAGUUACUGUGUUUGUUUGUUGUUCAUGUUUCCUUGUACAAUAUACUUUAAGUGCAUGUAACUGUUUCUUUGCUGGUUUCUAAUACUUCUAAUAAUCGAUUGAUAUUACUUUUCAGUUUAAAAAUCACUUAUGGUAAUUUAAUAAAUAAUCAAACAUUGGUACUCUGAUAAUUUUUGUUUUAUUAUUAUUUUUUAUUUUUUGCAUUACAUUUUGGAGUAAUAUUUU